AUGAGUUCUGAUGAAUCGGGAGCUGAAUUGAGGUGCCACUCUAAAAAGGCUCGUGUUCUGACAUUAAGUCAAGUAAACAAAUUUCUCAAUGAUUCUGAUGAUUUGAAUAAUCUAGCGAAUAAAGUUAUCUUGACAUUUAGAGUCUUGGGCGCACUCAGAACCAGUGAAAUAUGUAAUCUGAAUAUUCAGGAUAUUGAAGACACUGGAAUUCCAUCUGCUACUAUCACCAACGAAGCUCCAUCUACCUCCACUGCCAAUCAAAACAAUCCAAAAACAAAUUUGAAUGAUGAUGAUGCACAAUUUACAGUCACAAUCAAUGACAGCAAAAAUUGUUUCCUCCGUAAUUUUACUGUCGAUCAAGAAUAUUACGGUAUCAUUCACAAUUUCUAA